AUGGUGGAACGAGACGGUAUGCGGCGUGGCAGCGGCGGUGGCUGUGGCUGGGGCGGCGGUGUGCUGGGCCGCUGGUCCCUGCGCCGGCUGUUGCUUGAUAGCCCACUUGUCGGAAGGAGACUCGCCCAUACAGUAUUGGAUCAAGGAGACGCGCGGACGGUGAAAGUAAACACAGUAGAACAGUCGCACAGUAGGCAACAAACUACCGUCGAAUUUAUAGCAGAAGAUGAAGAGGGCGAUAUACUGGAAUGUCCACUAUGCCUUACAAUGCUAAACACGAGUGUGAUGGUGCGACUGGCGUGGUGUGCUCACCGCUGCUGCGAGUCGUGUCUACGACAGUACCUAGCCAUCGAAAUAUUCGAAGCCAGGGUGCCGGUCAACUGCCCAGUGUGUCACGAAAAUAUGCAUCCUUCAGAUGUACGGCGUAUCGUCGAUAACCCGGUGCUAUAUGACAAGUACGAAGAGUUCAGUGUACGACGCGCGCUAGCAGCUGACCCUGAUACGAGGUGGUGCCCGGCGCCUGACUGCAGUUUCGCGGUAGUGGCGUCUGGUUGCGCGUCGUGCCCAAAGCUGACGUGCCUGGCACCAGGCUGCGGCGCGUCGUUUUGUUAUCACUGUAAGGCGGCGUGGCACCCCACGCAGACAUGUGACGCGGCUCGCCGCUCCCGCCAGCCCGUGCCUCCUCGCGCUCAGCAACCCUCACAUCCUGAUCUUGAUCACGGUGAAGUGAAGCCGUGUCCGCGAUGCUCGGUGCUCAUCGUGAAGGUAGAAGACGGUUCAUGUAACCACAUGGUGUGCUGUGUUUGCGGCGCUGAGUUCUGCUGGCUUUGCAUGAAAGAGGUGUCAGAUUUACAUUACCUAAGCCCAAGCGGUUGCACGUUCUGGGGCAAGAAGCCAUGGUCGCGAAAGAAAAAAUUGCUGUGGCAGCUCGGCACGUUAGCGGGCGCGCCGCUGGGUAUCGCCGUAGUGGCAGGCGUAGCGUUGCCCGCGCUGCUGGUGGGCCUGCCACUGUGGGCGGGCCGGCGUGCUCACAGACGAUUGCGGCGAGCCCCCGCACCGCGCCGUCGGGCUGCCGUAGCAGCCGCCGUGGCCGCCGCGCUGCUGGUGUCGCCGUUGGUGGCGGGACUGGCCGUGGGCAUCGGCGUGCCUAUCCUGCUUUUCUACGUGUACGGCGUGGUGCCCGUGUCGCUGUGCCGCGCGGGGGGCUGCGCUGGCGGACCGCCACCACCUUCCGCUCCGCACUUCGAUGAUGAACGGGACCCAGCGCCCGACCCCGACGCCAUCUCGCGUCGACUCGAACCUAGCAUUGGCGACGCGUCCCUGUCGGCGGGGUCGGCUGCGGCGGAGGCGCGCGCGCCAUCGCUGGCGGCGCUGGCGGGGUCGCUCGGCGGCCACGAGGCGCACUCGCCUGCCGCCACGCGCCUCGAGGUCACGGCCGACGUGGCCGCGUCCGACAACACCAGCGCCGCGUCGUGGCCCGACGACCUGCCCUCCACGUCCACGUCGCGCUCCGCCAAGCUGCGCAGCCUGUUCCUGUACGGCUCGGCCGCGCCGCCGCCCGACCCCGAGGCGGGCACGCACUCGGUGGGCACCAACACGUCGCCCGCGCCGGCCGAGCUGAGCGCGGCGUGCGAGACGCGCGCGCGCAGCCCCAGCCCGCCCGGCUCGUAA